AUGGGGCCGCGAUGGCUUAGCUGUCCCCAAAUAUGGUCGCUAUGGCUGUUGCUUGUAUCCUGCUCUUACGCAUUUUACUUGCCCGGCUAUUCGAUUAAACGGUAUAAUGACGACGAAUCGAUCCCACUCCUUGUGAACAAGAUAUUUUCAGACAACACACAGCUCCAGUAUGCCUAUUACGACCUACCUUUCGUAUGCCCGCCUAGCGGACGGACGCACGGCGGAUCACCGUUUGGGUCUGGACAAAGCGUAUCGCAGAAUCUGGGAGAAAUUCUGCGCGGCGACCGAAUCAUGACCUCGGAUUUCGAGCUUCAUAUGGGCCAAAACGCCGAAUGCCGCGCGCUGUGCACGCGAGAGAUCGAGCGCAAAGAUGUAAAAUGGGGCCGCCAGCUCAUUAGGGAGGGCUAUGUGGCAGAAUGGAUCGCGGACAAUUUGCCUGGAGCAACAAGCUUCGUGACGGUUGACCGAACCCGGAAAUAUUACGCAUCCGGCUUCAAGUUAGGGUACCAAGAGUUCUCACCCGUCGAUGGAAAACUGCGUUAUUUCAUCAACAACCAUUUUACCAUCGUUAUCCGUUGGCGCGCCGCACCCGAAGGGGGUAAGACUGUUGUGGGGUUCGAAGUAUACCCGAAAAGUAUUUCCGCCAAGGAGCAUGGAGAAAAUGGGUGCCCUGAGCACGUUCACGAUGAGCAUGAAGGUCUUGAGCUGUAUAUCCCGCCAAACAUUGAGCGCCUCCGGGAGAAGUACCCUGGUUCCUCCUACCUUCCAGAAGACGAUGAUUAUGAUGACGGGGCCAAAUUGAAGGUCCCAAUCACGUAUUCCGUCUAUUUCAAGGAAGAAAACGGAGUUGACUGGUGGAGCCGCUGGGAUCUCUAUUUCAGCAAGCAAGAUGAUAGUACAAUGACACACUGGCUAGCUGUUCUUAACUCGUUGACAAUCUCUGGUGUUUUGGGCGUCGCAGUGUAUGUCAUCUGGAAUAGAACUGUCCAGGGAGAUAUCAAAGGCCGAGGCGACGGGGCGAUGGAUGAGGGGAAAGCAAGGAGAAGCGGGGCGAGGAAAGAAGGGCUUUUGGACCAAACCACAGACGUUGAGAGGGAGGGAGACCUCUCCUCUGACGACGAAGGCAUAGAGGAUGUGAGCGGUUGGAAACUCCUGCACGGUGAUGUGUUCCGGGUGCCCGAGUUUAGCGGACUCCUUGCGCCUCUUGUUGGCUCGGGGAUGCAGCUCUUCUUCAUGGCUUCCGGAUUACUGAUUCUCAGCUGCUUGGGUAUUCUGAAUCCAAGUUUCCGCGGUGGCUUCGUUAGUGUCGGUAUGGGUUUGUUCGUUUUCGCCGGAGUUUUCUCUGGAUACUUCUCUGGAAGUCUCUACAAGACAUUCGGCGGAGUGAGCUGGCGGAAAAACACACUGAUUACAGCGCUUUUCUUCCCUGGCCUGGCAUUCUGCCUCAUUUUCAUUCUGAAUCUUUUUGUUUGGGCACAGGCAUCCAGCACAGCGAUCCCAUUCCCUACGCUCAUCGGAAUUGUGCUUCUUUGGCUGGUGAUUCAGGUGCCUCUGGUGUAUGCUGGUAGCUGGUAUGGUUUUAUGCGAGCCAAGCCUUGGGAGCAUCCUACCAAGACCUCCUCGAUUCCGCGCCAGAUCCCGCCACAACCUUGGUACUUGCAUAGUGUCCAGGGGACCAUCCUGACGGGAUUGGCUCCAUUUGCAGUCUUGUUCAUUGAGCUUCUUUUCGUAUUCAAGAAUUUAUGGCAGGACAAGAGUGGAUACUAUUACGUGUUCGGUUUCCUGAGCGCCGUGACAACGAUCCUGAUGAUCACAGUCAGCGAAGUGACGAUCAUUGCAACGUACAGUCAACUAUGCGCCGAGAAUUACCAUUGGUGGUGGCAGAGUUUCCUUACGGGUGGAAGCAGCGCUUUCUGGGUCUUCGCCUAUUGCAUUUGGUACUACUAUUUCCACCUGCACAUCACGGGCUUUGUAUCGAGUCUGCUCUUUUUCAGCUACAGUUUCCUUGCUUGCGCUGUGUACGGCCUGUUAACAGGGACAGUUGGGUUCCUGACUGCGUAUGCGUUUAUCCGUCGCAUUUACAGCUCGGUCAAGGUAGAUUAA